AUGAAGCAAAUUCAUGAUGAAAGGGGUAACCAAACCAUAAUCUCUGAGUUCCUUCUUUUGGGCCUGCCAAUACAACCAGAGAUGAAGGUUCCUUUGUAUACCCUCUUUCUGGCUAUGUACCUCAUUACAGUUUUGGGGAACUUGAUCAUCAUUUUCUUGAUCCUUGUGGACUCCCACCUGCACACACCUAUGUAUCUCUUCCUCAGCAACCUAUCAUUCUCUGAUAUGUGCUUCUCCUCUGUGAUCAUUCCCAAAAUGCUGAUAAACAUGCAGAACAAGAAACCAGCCAUCUCCUACACUGGCUGUCUGACCCAAAUGUACUUCUUCUUCUUCUUUGGAGACCUAGAAAGCUUCCUGCUGGUGGCCAUGGCCUUUGACCGCUAUGUGGCCAUUUGUGACCCACUGCACUAUACUGUCAUCAUGAACCCCAAGCUAUGCAGUGCUCUUGUGCUGCUCUCCUGGGUCCUGACAACCUUUCAUGCCUUGCUGCACACCUUGCUUAUGUCCCAAGUAACUUUCUCUUCCAACAACAUAAUUCCCCACUUCUUCUGUGACACGUCUGCCCUGUUAAAACUGGCCUCUUCAGACGUCCACAUCAAUGAGCUCAUGAUCUUCAUCUUUGGGGGGCUUGUCCUUGUAGUACCAUUCCUACUAAUUGUUGCAUCUUAUGCCCGUAUCCUCUCUUCUAUCCUCAGGGUCCCUUCUGUCAGGGGCAUCCGCAAAGCUUUCUCUACCUGUGGCUCCCACCUCUCAGUGGUUUCUCUCUUCUAUGGGACAAUCAUUGGCCUCUACUUAUGCCCUUCAUCCAACAAUUCCACAGUCAAGGAGACAGUCAUGUCAAUCAUGUAUACUGUUGUAACACCAAUGCUGAACCCCUUCAUCUAUAGUCUGAGAAAUCAAGACAUUAAAGGGGCCAUCAAGAAGCUUCUGACGGGAAGAAAACUACCAUUCCCGGGAUGA